GACCGCGGAAACGUAUUCAGACCAGGCCAGACUCGCUGGAAAUAGCGAGGCAAGCCGCGAACAGCAGCAGCGCACCACCGCCUCCGGUCCCUACCCAGCCGCCGAUGCCGCCACGCGCCGCCGCCGGCGAUCUCAGCUGAGCAUGGCGGCCGCCCCCGCGGGCCCCCAGAACCGCUGCGUCUUCGUUGGGAACAUUCCAUACGAUGCGACGGAGGAGCUGCUCGUGCAGAUAUGCGAGGAAGUCGGGCCCGUGGUCUCCUUCAGACUGGUUGUUGAUAAGGAAACCGGAAAGCCGAAAGGUUAUGGAUUUUGUGAAUACAAGGAUGAAGAGACAGCUCUAAGUGCACGCCGGAACCUUCAGGGUCAUGAUGUUAAUGGUCGUCAGUUACGUGUUGAUUUUGCUGAAAAUGGGAGGAACACUGACAGAAAUAGAGAAAAGGGUCGUGGAGGACCAGGAAUGUCAUCUACUGUUGAUGCUCAGAAACAAUUAACCACAACUCCCGCUGUAGGGGACACCAGCCUUCAUCAGCUUAUUGGUCUUCCACCGGCAAUACAUGCUGCAUCUGUGAUGGCUGGCGUUCUUGGGGGAGCUCAAACUGCAAAUGUACAAAAUGGUUUACCUGUCCAAUUUGGGCUUGGAAAUGACCCUCUUACCCAUUACUUGGCCAGGAUGUCAAGGCAUCAGUUGUAUGAAAUCAUGUCUGAGUUGAAGACCCUAACUACUCAAAAUAACGACCUUGCCAAAAAACUGCUGCAAGGAAUUCCACAGCUUCCAAAGGCCCUAUUUCAGGCACAGAUAAUGCUCGGGCUGGUGACACCUCAGAUGAUGCAGAUGGCUAAGAGCCAACAGCCCUCUAGUUCGUUGGCACAAUCUUCUCACCUCAAUGAAUCAUUUCCGCAGCCAGAUGAUGUGUUACCAAUUGUUCAUAAACCUCCACCAAACCCUAAUGUCAUGCAGGAACAAACUGCACUGCUGCAUAACUUUCCUCAGUAUCAGCAUUCAUCUCAGCCCCCAGUCAAAAUGUUUCCGCAUGGACAUCAGUCUGGGGUGCUGGCACACCCUCCAAUGCUACCUCAGCCCUUCGGCACCUCUUCCAGUGUUCCUACUCAACCCCUUGUAACCUCAGGAGGCUUGAUAUCACAAGUUCAGCCUUCAUUUUUGACACAGCACCCUAGACCACCAGUUAUGCCAACUAAUGUACAGCAACUACCCUUGACCAAUCCUCAUCUCCCCCAGGUUGCUGCUGAACCUGAGAUAUUUCCGAAGGAAAUAAGAUUGCCUGAUCGAGCUAGUCAUCAGGCAGAGUUAGACCAUCCAUCGAAACUGAGAAAAUUGGAGGACGGAACAUUGACGCCAGGAAUUGUAAACAAUAGUCCUGCUGUUUAUACUGCUCCAUCGCAGGUCAUCCCUACUGGACCAUCAGGGAGCUAUAGUUCUGGUGCUGUUAACUUUCAGCAACCAGAGAAUGAAGCGCCUCAGCUCACACAGGACGACGAGUCAGCCCUUCUGCAGCAAGUCUUACAACUGACACCUGAGCAGCUGAGUUCAUUGCCAGUGGAGCAGCAGCAGCAGGUGAUACAGCUUCAGAAGAUGCUAUCAGCUGGUAAAUAGCGGCAUAACACCAGCUGAGUAAGCACAGCGAAAUUGUUAACCUACAUAGUCAAACAUUGAAGAAGGCUCGUCUAGUCACACACACACACACACGUAACUUCUCAACUUUGUUGGUAUCUCUGGGCCAUCAGUUUUGCUCCUGAUGAUUGAUUUAUUUGGCAUUCUUUGUAAAGUUGAGGUAAAAAUGUGGUGGCAAAAGAAGUUGUGAAGAAAGAUGAUAAUUGUCCAUUAGUUCUGUAACAUUUGAGAAAACAAUAAUCUUAUGAAGAGAGGGAGUUGUAUUUGUGUUCCAGAAUUGUUUGCAGAAUCAGAUUUUUGUUAUGUCUGUUUA